AUAAAAAAGAAAUAGUAUUUCAGUGUUUGAAUAUAAAACAUUUCCCAUAGCUUUACAUUUCAACAGCUUACAUGGCUUCCGUCAACGAGGUAUUCACCUACGACGUAUUCCUUAGUUUCAGAGGCGACGAUACUCGUUAUGGUUUCACCGGCCAUCUCCGCAAAGCUCUUGAUGACAAAGGAGUUCGAACCUUCAUGGAUGACGACGGCCUUCAAAAAGGGGAUGAAAUCACACCUUCGCUUCUCAAAGCAAUUGAACACUCCAAAAUCGCCAUCGUUGUCCUCUCUAAGAACUACGCUUCUUCUUCCUUUUGCUUACAAGAACUUUCCAAGAUCAUUGAUUCGAUGAACGGUAAGGAUCGUUCUAUUUUGCCUGUUUUUUAUAAGGUGGAUCCUUCCGAUGUACGAAAGUUGAAAAGAAGUUACGGUGAAGCCAUGGAUAAACAUGAUGAGGGCACAUCAUCCAGUCAUCACAUGAAUAACAAAUGGAAGAUUUCUCUGCAUCAUGUUGCUAAUUUGUCUGGAUUUCAUUACAAGAAAGGGGAUGGGUAUGAGCAUGAGUUUAUUGCAAAGAUCGUUGAACAAGUCUUAAGAAUGAUAAAACCCGUAACUUUACCCGUUGAUGAUUACCUCGUUGGACUGGAGCCUCAAAAAGAACAACUAAUGUCACUUUUGAAUGUUGGAUGUGAUAAUAGAGUUCGCAUGGUAGGGAUUCAUGGAAUUGGUGGAAUAGGGAAAACAACUCUUGCUCUAGCAGUUUAUAAUUCAAUUGCCCAUCAAUUUGAAGGGUCGUGCUUUCUAGAAAAUGUUAGAGAAAAUUCUGAGAAACACGGGUUGCCAUAUCUCCAAAUGAUCUUUCUUUCUAAAGUAGUUGGAGAGAAAAUCGAGUUAACCGGUGUUCGACAAGGAAGUUCAAUAAUACAACAGAGGCUUCGACAAAAGAAGUUACUUUUGAUUAUAGACGAUGUUAAUGAGCCAGAGCAAUUACAAGCUAUUGCUGGAAGACACGAAUGGUUUGGUCCUACAACUAGAAUCAUCAUCACAACUCGGGACAAAAGAUUGCUUACAAAUCAUGGAGUUGAAAGCACAUAUGAGGUGAAGGAGUUGAACCACAAGGACUCUUUUAAAUUAUUAGUUAAACGAAAAAGAAAAUCUUUAGAGUCAGGCAAAAAAAUUUCAGAUUAUUUCCGUGUUUUAAGACGUGUCACAAGAUAUGCUUCUGGGAUUCCAUUGGUUUUGGAAGUAAUAUCUUCUCAGUUAUUUAAUAAAACAAUAGAACAGUGUAAUCUUACUUUAGAUAGUUAUGAUAGGAGGAUUCCUAACAAAAAGAUUCAAAUGAUACUCCAAAUAAGCUUUGAUGCUUUGAAUGAAGAAGAAAAGAGUGUUUUUCUUGAUAUUGCCUGUUGCUUCAAAGGAUUUAAAUUGGCAAUGGUUGAAAAAAUACUCCAUGCUCAUUAUGGUGAUAGCAAGAAAGACCACAUCAAUGUGUUACUUGAAAAAUCUCUCAUAAAGAUAAGUGAGUCUGAUAAAAUUACAUUACAUGAUAUGAUUGAGGACAUGGGGAAAGAAAUUGUAAGACAAGAGUCACCGAAAAAGCCUGGAAAGCGCAGUAGGUUAUGGCUCCCAGGAGAUAUAUUUCAUGUUUUAGAAGGAAAUAUGGGAACUAGUUCAACUGAAAUCAUAUAUUUGGAUUGUUCAAAGGAAGUAAAAUGGGAUGGAGAAGCUUUCAAGAAGAUGAAAAAUCUCAAAACACUAAUUAUUAGACAUGCCACUUUUUCUAAAAGUCCCAGCUAUCUUCCAAAUAGUGUAAGAGUAUUGGAAUGGUGUGAGUAUCCUUCAUCAGAUUUACCACCUGGUUUUUAUCCGGAGAAACUUGUUAUAUGCAAUUUUGGCUCUAACUUUACAUCAAAUCCAUUUGAGUGGGAGGACUUUCUCCAGAAGAAGUUCCAGAAUAUGAGAGUUUUAAAUUUUGACCAUUGUGAACUUUUAACAAAAAUACCUGACCUAUCUAGUCUCCCAAAUUUAGAAGAAUUUUCAUUUCAAAAUUGUGGGAAUCUGAUUGCAAUUGAUAAAUCGAUUGGUUUCCUGUACAAACUCAGAAUCUUGAGAAUUAUGCAUUGCAAUGAAAUCCAGAGUGUUCCACCUCCGAAUUGGGCUUCACUAGUAGAACUCAAUCUUUCACAUUGUGAUAGUUUAGAAAGCUUUCCUAGCGUCGUGGAUGGAUUUGUUGGCAAACUUGAAAUCUUGAGGGUUAUACGUUGCAGCAAAAUCACAAGUAUUCCACCUCUCAUGCUAGCUUCUCUAGAAGAACUAGAUCUUUCAAAUUGUAUCAGUCUUGAGAGUUUUCCACUUUUGGUAAAAGGGUUGCUCGCUAAUCUUAAGACCUUGAGAGCUAUGAAUUGCAUCAAGCUUAGGAGUAUUCCAACUCUCAAGAUGGCUUCUCUAGAAGAAAUCGAUCUUUCAAGAUGUUCUUGUCUUGAGAGUUUUCCACCUGCGGUAGAUGGGUUGGCGGAUAAACUUAAAACUAUGAGUGUUAGAAGUUGUGUCAAGCUAAGGAGUAUUCCACCUCUCAAGUUGGAUUCGCUAGAAAAACUUGAUCUUUCACAUUGUUCUAGUCUUGAGAGUUUUCCACUUGUGGUGGACGGUUUUCUUGGCAAACUUAAAACCCUGCUUGUUCAAAGUUGUGACAGUCUCAGGAGUAUUCCACCUCUCAAGUUAAAUUCCUUAGAAGAACUUGACCUUUCACAUUGUUAUAAUCUCGAGAGCUUUCCAAUUGUGGUGGAUGGAUUGUUGGAUAAACUUGAAGUCUUGAGUAUUGAAUAUUGCAUCAUGCUUAGGAGUAUCCCACCCUUGAGGUUGACUUCAUUGCUAAAAUUCAAUCUUUCAGAUUGUCUAAGUCUAGAGUGUUUUCCAGAAAUAUUAGGAGAGAUGAGAAAUAUACCACAACUUUACUUGGGUAGCACUCCCAUACAAAAACUUCCAUUUCCAUUUCGAAGUCUUACUCUGCGCCCAACAUCAUAUCCAUGUAACUGUAGAAUUGUUAAUUUACCAAAUAGAGUUGCUGCGAUGUCAAUGUUGGCUAAACUUACCAUCAAGGCUGAAAAAAAAGUGAGCCCCGUGCAAUCUUCACAAGUAGAAUAUAUUUGUCUCACGAAAUGCAAACUUUCCGAUGAAUAUUUGUCCAUAGGUCUCGCGUUUUUUGCGAAUGUGAAAGAAUUACAUUUAACUGAAUGUCAAUUCACAGUACUUCCUAUAUCUAUUGAAAAAUGUCACUUUUUAUGGAGGCUUGUCUUGGAUGAUUGUGAGGAACUUGAGGAAAUUAAAGGGAUUCCACCUGGCUUAAAAGAAUUAUCUGCAUUAAACUGCAAAUCGUUGACUUUGUCGUGUAAAAGCAAAUUAUUAAAUCAGGAAUUGCAUGAGUAUGGAAACACUCGGUUCUGUUUGCCACGAGCAAAGAUUCCAGAGUGGUUCGACCACCAAUGCUCGGCAGGAUUGUCAACUUCUUUCUGGUUUCGUAAUAACUUUCCUGCCAUAGUUCUCUGUGUUGUUUCUCCAUUGACGUGGGUAGAUGAUUUUCGACGCUGUGUAAGAGUGACCAUCAACGGAAAUACAUUUCUCUAUACACGUGGUUUGAAGAUACGUAGGUCACCGGCCAAAAUGUAUACUUUAAAUCUUUUUCAUAUGCAAAUGAAAAACUUCAAUGAUAAUAUGGACAAAGCAGUUUUAGAAAAUAAGUGGAACCAUGCAGAGGUUGAUUUUGGAUUCCCAUUCAUGAAUAGUGGAAUCCAUGUAUUGAAAGAGAAAAGUAGCAUGAAGGAUAUACGAUUCACCAACCCAGAGAAUGAUGCUAAUAUUGACUUCACUCGGAAUGUUGAAGUGAGUAUAUAAUUGAUUUUACCCAAAUUGUCAUAAAUUUUCCAUAUGAAUUUUCCAUAAUUGGGUGGAACCCUCCUACAUGCCCAUUUCAUCACAGCAAGCACAUUAGCUAUUUGUACUAUUUGUACUGUAACGUGGCACCACAAAGAAAAUACAUUUGAUAAGUAGCUAAUUAUUAAAGCAUGAUGAAGACCUUAAUUAAUUAAUUAAUUAAGCGAUGUAGUAGAUUGGAUUUGGGAACUUGAAAGUUCUAUUGCCACAGUUGGUUCUAAGAAUAUCACUCCAUUGAUCACCAAAGUUUCGAAUGAUGCAUCUGAUAUGAAGAUGAUGAUAAUAUGAUAAGAGAAGAUGAUGAGUAAAGGAAAGAAUUUGUUCAUAACUCAAUGUAUUUCUGAUUUGUAAGGUGAAUUCUUAUUUACCCAAUUCAAAAAGGGAUUUAGAUUCUCUCCAA